UAUUUUUCUCAGCUUGGACGUUCUCACGGAACAACAAGCUUUAAAAAAAACACACACACAAAACACAAACAAAACAAAAAACAACUGUUCAUUUCUAACCAGCCCUCUCUUCUUUUCCUUCCAUUUUUAUAACAAUCAUUUGAAAGAAUUCAAAAUCGAAUUCCAAGGGGGGAAAAAAAAAAUGCAGUCUCUCACACCUUCUACGAGUAUUAGUCUCAAGUCUCUAAUUACCACGAAAUCUCCGAUUUCCACCAACCGAGUCGGGCCAAGUCGACUCCUCGUGAAAUGCGUGUACCGGUUCGACUCUGCCAAUGCUACGUCAAACGCAGCCACAACCAACGCCAACGUCUUGUGCGGCGGCGUUGGCUCCUGCCGAGCCGACUGGCAGAGCUCCUGCGCCAUCCUGGCCAGCAAGGUGGCUUCCCAGCAGCAAGACACCGAAAAGAGCGGCAACUCUGACAUCACCGCCGUCAACGGCCACAAAACCCUAGAUCUCGUCCCUAUCGAUAACCUUCCGAAGGCGCUCACCAUCGCCGACCUAUCUCCGGCGCCGAUUCACGGCAAUAAGCUCCGAGUCGCCUACCAAGGCGUCCCCGGCGCUUACAGCGAAGCCGCCGCCGGCAAAGCCUAUCCGAACUGCGAAGCCGUCCCUUGCGACCAGUUCGAAGUCGCAUUCCAAGCCGUCGAGCUCUGGAUCGCCGACAGAGCCGUCUUGCCGGUAGAGAACUCUCUCGGCGGAAGCAUCCACCGGAACUACGAUCUCCUCCUCCGCCACCGACUCCACAUCGUCGGCGAAGUCCAGCUCCCCGUCCACCACUCCCUCCUCGCUCUCCCAGGCGUUCGAAAAGAAUAUCUGACUCGCGUGAUUAGCCAUCCUCAAGCCCUAGCUCAGUGCGAACACACUCUCACCAAACUAGGCCUCAACGUGGUUCGCGAGGCCGUCGACGACACCGCCGGAGCGGCGGAGUUCGUCGCCGCGAAUAACCUCCGUGACACGGCGGCGAUCGCUUCAUCACGCGCCGCCGAUCUCUACGGACUCCAAAUCUUGGCCGACGGAAUCCAGGACGAUUCGAGCAACGUGACUCGGUUUGUGAUGCUUGCUCGAGAACCGAUCAUACCGAGAACAGACCGACCUUUCAAGACGAGCAUAGUGUUCGCGCAUGAUCAAGGAACUUCGGUGCUGUUCAAGGUGUUGUCGGCGUUCGCGUUUCGGAAUAUAAGCUUGACGAAGAUAGAGAGUAGGCCGCACAGGAGCAGGCCAAUUCGGCUAGUGGAUGAUCAGAAUGAAGGAACAGCGAAGCAUUUCGAGUACAUGUUCUACGUGGAUUUCGAGGCUUCAAUGGCGGAGGUGAGAGCGCAGAACGCGCUCGCGGAGGUUCAGGAGUUCACCUCUUUCUUGAGGGUGUUGGGGAGCUAUCCCAUGGACAUGACACCUUGGUGCCCCUCCCGGGAAGAUUAGCAAAACCCUUCUCUCUCUCUCUCUCUCAAUAUUUAUUUAAAAAAAUAUUUAAUUUCUUCUUUUUUUUUCUGUUUUUUUUGUGGUUAGAAUUUUUAAUUCAUCAAGGAAGGAAGAGACGAGAAAAAGAGUUGUUGUUAAUGGGGUAAAUAUGUAUAAAGUUGAUGUCAUCAUGAAAGUUGUGGCUUUCUUUAUGAGAUUUGUGAAUAUCAUCUUAUUACCACCCCACGCAAUCUUUGUAAUUUUCAUGUUUGAGAUAAUGAAGAAAGAAAGAAACUUAUUUUA